CUUCCUCUCUUCCUAUCUCCGUCGGCUCGGCUCAGUAGUUGAGCAGGCUUGCGCUGAGAGACGAGGGCUGCUCCCGUUCGCCUCCGCUCACAGCGACACCAUACAUUCCGCCACCAUGGCCGCCACGGACGUUGACGUGUUUUCGAACGAAGAGAAGCGCAACCUGAACUUGGGCGGACAUGUCGGAUUCGACAGCCUCCCCGACCAACUGGUCAGUAAAUCGGUCACGCAGGGGUUUUGUUUCAACAUCCUCUGUGUGGGGGAGACUGGCAUCGGCAAGUCGACGUUAAUGAACACGCUCUUCAACACCAUGUUUGAGAACGAGGAGGCCAGCCACUAUCAGAACGGGGUGUAUCUGCGGCCGCGAACAUACGACCUGAAGGAGAGCAACGUCCAGCUCAAGCUGACCAUCGUCGACACCGUCGGCUUCGGCGAUCAGAUCAACAAAGAGGACAGUUACAAGCCCAUCGUCAACUACAUCGACACAGAGUUUGAGAACUACCUCCAGGAAGAGCUGAAGAUCAAGCGCUCGCUCUUCAACUACCACGACACCAGGAUCCACAUCUGCCUUUACUUCAUCGCCCCGACGGGACACUCCCUCAAGUCUCUGGACCUCGUCACUAUGAAAAAACUGGACAGCAAGGUCAAUAUCAUUCCCAUCAUCGCCAAAGCGGACACAAUCUCAAAGAGCGAGCUGCAUAAAUUCAAAAUAAAGAUUAUGAGUGAGCUGGUGAGCAACGGAGUCCAGAUAUAUCAGUUCCCAACGGACGACGAAACCGUCAGCGAGAUCAACUCCUCCAUGAACGCACAUCUGCCCUUUGCUGUGGUCGGGAGCGUGGAAGAGGUGAAGGUGGGCAACAAAACCGUGAGGGCCAGACAGUACCCAUGGGGUAUUGUGCAAGUCGAGAACGAGAGCCACUGCGACUUUGUGAAGCUCCGAGAGAUGCUGAUCAGGGUCAACAUGGAGGAUCUGAGGGAGCAGACCCACGCUCGCCACUACGAGCUGUACCGACGCUGCAAGCUGGAGGAGAUGGGCUUCAAAGACACGGACCCCGACAGCGAGCCAUUCAGCCUUCAAGAGACUUACGAGGCCAAGAGGAAAGAGUUCCUGGGGGACCUGCAGCGUAAAGAGGAAGAAAUGCGACAAAUGUUUGUCAACAAGGUCAAAGAGACGGAGGCAGAGCUAAAAGAGAAGGAGCGAGAGCUGCACGACAAGUUUGAGCAGCUGAAACGAAUGCACCAGGAGGAGAAGAGGAAGGUGGAGGAGAAGCGGCGCGACCUGGAGGAGGAGAUGAACGCCUUCAACAGGAAGAAGGUGGCGGUGGAGACGCUCUCCUUAGCUCAGCCCAUGAAGAAGGAGAAGGACAGGAAAAAUUAAUUUGUGGCCGCUGUAAACCCUCCCACACACGACCAUGGAUUUGUCCUCCAUCACCAUUGCAACGACAUCACUUUUUGUUUAUUUGUUUUUGUUUUUACAUUCCAUCUUGACAUUGUGCACAUGGACCAAAGACACUGAGGAUGAUGAUGAUCAUGACGAAGCCACAGGAGAGAAAAAGUUCACUUGCCAACAAUGGCCAUCUCAUUCAUUCAGGAUCUUUCAUUCUAUGCUUUUCUAUCUAUAUAUAUAUCUAUAUAUAUAUAUAUAGAUAUACGCAUUUUGUUUUUCUAUGUUGUGAAUCAAAGAUUGUGUUUUUAUGUGUUUUUUUUUUGUUUUCCAUCAGCUUACAGAAACAAACGUUGAUCCUUUUGGUACUAAGACGGUGGGCAGGUCAUUUGAAAGCCAUCGACACGUAUUCAAAGGAUGUAGGAUGUGCUCAAUUUUAUUCCACUCUGACAUUUAAAUUACUAAUCAAAGAUAACAGUAAAAUCCAAACAAGUCUUUUUAAAUACCCGAGCGGUUUGAAGUGUUGUCCAGGUGUGUUGUGCCUGUUUUUGUAAUCACAAUAAUUUAGAUUAUGUACAUUUCACAGUAUAAUAAAUCCUGAGCCUAAAUAAUAUUUGUCAAGCAAUAAAACCAAGUACCUGUUUACUGUAUGAAUCAAUAUAUAAACACAGGUACUGGCCACCUCAAGCUUAGUCUUAAUAAAAAUAUAUGCAACGUUCUGGUGCUGUUUCAUAUUGACUCAAUAAAUGUAUGUUAAUAUUUUCUAGAGCUUACUUGACUUACUAUGCAACAUGUACUAGCUUUUGAAUACGAUGGUAGAACAUUUUCCACAAAUGAUGGGACUUUAUCGUAAACCUUGAGUGACUGCCUCGAUGUGACACGCCACCAGGAAGCCAGUAUGUACACGUGCACACGCACACAGGGAUUCACACACACGCCUCAGCUCGCUGUCCGAUGGGUGGACUCGGAGAGAGAAGCUGUAUUUACUGUCUGUCGCUGGAAAUAAAUGCAACCCCCCCCCCCACCCCCCUCACCUCCACGACUUUGAUGUGUCUCUGCCUCCAUUUGUUUGAUGAUAUUCUGCAAGAUGAAAGUGAAGCACCUCUUGUGCGCGUACAAAAAAAACAACACACACACACACAGUCAUAACUGUAGCUGUAACCGCAACAGCUGUCAGCUUGAGGCAGCGUUUCCUGUUUGUCGAUCUCUAACUGAGGAGCUGAGAGGUUUGUGCAGUCUGAAAAUAAUCCUCCUGUGCUGCUUACUGUGUGUGUUGGUGUGUGUGUGUUGUU